ACGUACCCGGACGCGUCUGAUCAGCAGCUGCAGCUAGCAGCGGCUAACCGCUAACACCUGAAGCUCGGAGCAGACAGACAGACAGACAGACAGACAGACAGGGUCUCUGUGUGUCUGUGGAUGGAAGUGUGGAGCUCUGCGAUGGGACCGGAGAGAGUCUUACCGAGCUCCGAGGACGAGCUGGGAGAGGACGAGCGUCCGGCCGACGGAGCGCUGCUGCCGGUGGGGGCCGUGUGGAAUGGUGGGGAGGGAGGGGGUGAGGAUGAGGAGGGGGAGGAGGAAGAGGAGGAGGGGGGAGAGAUGGAGCUGGAUGGAGAGGAGGAGGAGAACAGUGGGGGAUAUUAUUACCAACCUCUGAACCAGGAUCCUGACGGUCUGAACGCCAGCGAGCCCCCGGAGGAGGAGGGGGAAGAGGAGGAGGAGGAGGAGGAGGAGGAGGACAGGGGGGGGCAGCAGGAGGAGGAGGAAGCGCCAUCACACGCCGAGCAGCUGCAGCAGGUGCAGCAGAGGAUAGAGGUGAUGGGCCUCCACCUUCCUGAAGCUCCUCCCCCUGACAGUGAUGAGGAGGAGGACCCUGAGGGGGCGGCGGCCCUGAGGAGCCGCGCCUCCAUCCCCAUGGACGCAGACCACGUGGAGCUGGUGAAGAGGACGAUGGCAGCCGUGGCGUUGCCGUCUCUCGGCGUCCCGGCGUGGGCCCAAGAGAUCUCCGACGACCAGUGGAAGGACAUGGUCCAGCACACGCUGCAGAGCCGGCAGAGCGCCGGCGCCCUGCGCAUCAACCGCAGGAACAACAUCAACGGACCCUGAAUGCACCACUGCCACUUCAGGGACACUGACAGGGUCGGGAAAUGACAGGAGGAAGGUGAUAAGUCGUUCUGUCGGACUGAACCAGUGAAUCACAAACAUCAGUUUCACUUCAGUGACAUUAAAACUUUAAGUCUCAAUCUGAA